CUAUAUUCCUUCAGUGUAGGAGGGAUGGCAAUGCUCGGCCUGGCACCGCAGUGUUACUCGUGUUGUGGCACUGACAGAAUAAAUACGUCUGUCAGUAACACGGGGAUUGGCAAGUGGUGGGUGUGCAAGCAUUAAUAAUUAAACAUGGGUGGGUUUGCGUGGGUUACUCUAGCCACCAAUGAUUCGUACUCUCUUGGCGCCCUCGUCCUGGCCCAUUCUCUGCGCCGGGUCGGCACCAAACAUGAGCUCGUCGUUAUGGUCACACCAGGGGUCACGGAAGUGAUGAGAGAAAAAUUGUCCGGGGUAUUCAACCUGGUCCAGGAAGUAAAUGUUUUGGAUUCCAAGGACGAGGCAAAUCUGGCUCUGCUGGCAAGACCGGAACUAGGCAUUACCUUCACGAAGCUUCAUUGUUGGCGGUUAACUCAGUACGAUAAAUGUGUGUUCAUCGAUGCUGAUGCACUUGUGAUCAGAAACUGUGAUGAGCUGUUCGAACGAGAAGAACUAUCAGCAGCACCGGAUGUUGGCUGGCCCGACUGCUUUAAUUCCGGAGUGUUCGUGUUCAAGCCGUCGCAGCAGACGUUUGCAUCCAUCACUGCCUUCGCAGCAUCCAAGGGUUCCUUUGACGGCGGAGAUCAGGGCUUGCUUAAUAUGUACUUCAGCGAUUGGGCUCAUAAAGAUAUAUCCAAACACUUACCAUUCAUUUACAACAUGUGUUCCACUGCUACUUAUUCGUAUCUUCCAGCAUUUAAACAAUUCGGUGAUGAUGUCAGGAUCAUCCACUUUAUCGGCAUCACUAAACCAUGGCUUCAGUACUUUGAUACUUUGACUGGUGUCGUUCAACCACCUCCUGGAUCUGGACAUCUUCAACCUUUGCUUCAGAUCUGGUGGAACAUAUUCUGCGAGAAUGUUCAUUCUCAGCUGUCACCUGUCAUGGCCAGCAGCACUUUGGCACCAAUUUGGCACAAAUUCACCUUUCAACUUCCCGCACCUCCACAAUCUUAUCAACCCCAUCAAACUCAUCCUUUGCCUUCCUACCCCGUUUAUCACGAACCCAAUGACGAGACUUAUCUGGACUAUAGACCGACCAGCCCUAAGGAACCGGACUUUUCGGAAUUUAAAGAUCCUUGGGAGAACUUUCAGCAUAACAAUGAUUAUUUGGACAUGAGACAAUCUAAUCAGAGUCAACAGUAUUACGUCGACUGUGCCGAAUGUCGUCACGAAUACGCACAUCAGUAUCAACAACAACAACGGAACAACGAUUCGGAAUAUAUUCCUCCGGAUAAUCAGUAUCAGCAGGAAGCUGAAGUGAAAGUUUUUCAAGAGCAUAAUUGGCAGGGACAACAGCAUAUAUCUGAUUAUGAUAAGAAUCAUGAAGUAAAUUGUUCGAAUCGUCAGCAAGGAAAUAACGAGGUUAAGCAGGAGCCACAGCCGCAGCAGCAUUCCUACAGUCACCAUGUCGAACAACACAAGAAUUAUUGGGAUGCCGAAAAAUAUGGGGACGAGCAGUCUCGUAGCUAUCAAGAGUCUCAGAAUCAUCGUGUGCAGGAGGAACACCGUCAUGACAAUCAGCAGGAACACGCUCAGCAUCACAAUUUCAAUGUGCCCCAGUAUCAUCACCAGGAGCAUCAUCAUGAUCAUCAUAAUCAAGACCAUCACCAUCAUCAUCAGCAAGAGCAUCAUCAUCACCAAGAACAUCAUCAUCGCCAAGAACAUCAUGAUCAGCAUCAUCAGCAAGAACAUCAUCAUCAUCACUACCACCACCAAGAACAUCAUCAUCGCCAAGAACAUCAUGAUCAGCAUCAUCAGCAAGAACAUCAUCAUCAUCACUACCACCACCAAGAACAUCAUCAUCGCCAAGAACAUCAUGAUCAGCAUCAUCAGCAAGAACAACAUCAUCAUCACCACCACCACCAAGAACAUCAUUAUCAGCAUCAUCAGCAAGAGGAUCAUCAUCAUCAUCAAGAGCAUAACCAUCACCAUCAUGAUCAGGAGCAUCAGAAACAUCAUCAAGAGCAUCAUCAUCAGUAUCAACAGCAAGAGCAUCAUCAUCAUCAUAAUCAGGACCAUCAUCAUCAUCAGCAAGAGCAUCAAAAUCAUCAUCAUCACCAUCAUGAACAACAGGAACAUCAAUAUAGUCAUAAUCACUCUACGAACUUGCACUAUCAAGAAUCCCAUCAGGUGCACAAUCAUCCCAGCAAUGAGCAUCAUACAACUACCCAUUGUAGUAACACAUGCCAAGAGAAUUAUUGGCAUAACGAGCACAACAAACACUUACAGACAGAUACUCCAAUCCAUUCAGAUUCCCAUGAAUCCAAUUUAUCCUGUACAGAUCCUAAAAGAUUAGCGACCCAAUCAGAUACGACCAUUGGGAAUCAGCUAGAAAGCGAAGACGCCGGUCUAGCUGGAGCUUUGGCUAAAUUGACGCUUGGAGAAGCCAGGAAUCCUGAACAAGUCGCUCUGGAGGAACACAUGAGAAAGCAGAGCUGGGAACAAGGUCAAAUAGAUUACAUGGGUCGAGAUAGUUUUGAUAACAUUUGGAAGAAGAUCUGCGAGACACUUUCUUCGGUAACAGGAAGUCAGAAAACUCCUGAAAAGGAUCCAUCGACGUCUGAGGUACCUAAGGAGCCUAAAGAAGUGGCGUCGGCACCUAGUGUGGAGUCCAAGGCAGAAGCUGCGGUGGAAUCUUCACCUGCUGUAGUCACGGAAGCACUGGUGGAAGAAAAAGUCAUCGAAAAUGUUGCUACUGAGCUGGUCUCUACCGAGUCUAAUAUCCAGGAACCGUCAGUCAUCAAGGAAGUCGAGGAACCUUCGGCACAAUCCAUCAAGGAAGAAGCUCCUAUCGAAACUCCAGAAACAAGUCAAGAAGUACCUUCCGUCGACGCUUCCUUACCAAGUCAGCAACCUAUUGUAUCUUCAGAGAUAGAGAAUAUUCUUGAACCAUCAUCAGUUACUGGACCUUCAACAAAUGUACCUGAACAACCUUCUUCUGAGCAACUAGCAAAAUCACCUUCACUGACAGUGGCUAUUAAACAACAAAGCGCAUUGGUAGCUGUUCCUGAACCUCCUAAGGCACCUACGGAACCUGAAGAGCAGUUGGCACCACCAUCGCCUGUUAUUCCACUACCGGAUAAGCCAAUUCUGAUUCCACAAGAGCCCAGUGCAGGAACCGGGGAAGAAGCAGUUUCCGCGGUCAAGGAAUCUGAUUCUACGGUAGUUCUAGAACAAGAAAGUGCUCCUGCAGCAGUUUCACAGAAGGAUACUGCCCCUGCAGUUGUUUCUGAAAUCACUCCAAUGGUCCUAUCUGAACAGGCAACGGUGCCUGAUCAAGUUCCUCAAGCUGCGGUACCGGAACAAGUUCAAGUUCCCAUUGAGUUGGCUACUGAGGCUGUACCAGAGACAACUCAGGAAGUUGAAAGGAGUGUAGAAUUAGCCACCGAAGCUGUGCCUGAAGCUGUUCCGGAAGCUGAUAAGGAAAAACCAGAAUUAGCUACUGACGUACUUUCGGAGUCCGAACCAGUACAAAUUGAAGAUCCUCCUCAGGAAGGCACUGCACUCGUAGAAUCUCAGAGUUUAAAAACUCCUACUGCUGCGUCUGACUUGGCUUCAAAUAGUCAUGUUCCUAUCCAGAUAGCAGAAUCCGUUGUCCAUGCUGUUUUAAAAGAAUCUGUGUCCGAAGAAGAGAAACCUGUCACAGAGGAAGUACUUUCUUCCAUCGUGGCUCCUGUUCAGGAAUCUGCGACAGCUGUGUCGGAAACUCUUGUGGAACCUAAGGAGGCAUCUAGAACGGGCGACAUGAACGGCGAUGUAUCUGUUGUCAAUAAUGAUUUACAUACCGUAGCACCUGUAGCUCAAGAAUCCAGUGAAACAGUAAAGGUUGACACACCUCUAGAAGCCGAAGCGCCAAAGACAUCCAUUGCAGUCGAAGAGACGGCUCCACAGGAAGUACAAAAGCCAGUAGUACAAGAAGAGGCAGUCAAGCAGCUAGAAGUCGAAGAGGCUAUAGAACCUGAAUCGAAAAAAUCUAAAGAACGUGAAGUUGAACCGGAAGAAGUGUCAACUUCAGAGGAACCAUCAGCAGAUGAACCCUUGACGCCAACCUCAGAAUCCCCCAAAUCACAAUCAUCUUCUCCGCCGCCAGAAUCACCAACUGUGGAGAGUCCAGUUAGACCAGCUAGAACGAAGGAAUCAAAAGUUCCAGGAACACCAACCGUAACAGAAGCAACACCACCAACAAGUCCACCGAUAGGAGCAUCAGAAUCUUUAGAGACUCCUCCUAAGGUCACUAAAAAGGUUGUUAAAAAAGUAACAAAGAAAAGCACCGACGAACCCCUCGAAGGUGAUGCUCCAGAAGGUUCAACUAAGAAAGUAGUGAAAAAAGUCGUUAAAAAGGUUGUCAAGAAGCCUAAGGAAGGUACUGAGGAGGCAUCAGAGACCUCAAGCAGUGCUGAGAAGCCAAAGAAGGUUGUUAAAAUUAUCAAGAAAGUAACAAAACCAACGGACACCUUAGAAGUCGACAAAACCGUACCCGAAACUCCACCAGCUGCUGGCAAUUCCGAGGCUCCAGUCCCACCAAAGAGGAAAGUCAAAACUACUACGACCACGAAGACGACGACUACGACUACAACUAGAAAACCCGAUCCAGAGCCGUGAUUGAAUCACGCCGUGACAAUAAUCACUAUUGCACUCAGUACGCAACGAGGGGAUUCCCCUUUGAGUGACAUAUCGACUAGACAUUAAACACCAACGGUGACAAAACUAGUCCAAUAUUAGUUUUUGAUACUUUUAAUAAAUCAUAAUUCGCGUCGCUAAUUGUAAUAAAGUCCAGUCAAUAUAUCUCAAAAUGGAAUCUCAAUCGUCGUGUAUAUAGCACAGCUAUAAAUCAUGGUUCGCACACAUCCUUAUUUAUAUGCCAUUUUAAUCCUAAUAUAACUUUUUCUCUUAUUCAAUCUUCCUCUCUCUUCAGCACUACCAACACUUAGUUUUUAAAUUCUUAUUUCUUUUUCUUUAUAUAAUUUUCUCGUAUCGAUUACCAUGCAUCCUUUAUACCGAGAAUUAGCAAUCGCUUUUUAUACAAAACAUACAUGUGUGUCCUUCAUUCGUAUAUACAAUCAUUUUUUUUUUUAACACCAUAACAUGUACAAUUAUUAUUUUACUACAUCCUCGUACAAUAUAUAUACAUAUAUAUAAUCUGUUUAUUGAUAUUCUUCACCGUUUGUUUAAGAUACCCAAGACUGAUGUCUUAGGAAUGCAAUAUGUUCACCAGCCCUGAUCUUUAUGGUAGCUCCUAUCUGCUUUGUAACGUUUUAAUCUUUAUUCCUUUUUCUAAUUAUUUCUGUUCGAACAACUUUGACAUUGGUAUUAUCAAUAAAUCAGAUGUCACGGAAGAUUAUAUAAUAAUUAUUAAUUAUAAGUAAUAAUAAUAGUCCAGCUCGUUAGGAAUUUCUUUGUUAAAAUUCAGCACAUGAAGUGUGGCACAUAUGGCGGCUAAUUUUUCAAACGUCCUGAAAGAAUAGCGAGAAUUUCGAGGAUUUGAUUUAUAUUAUUAUUACUAUGCUAUAUUACCGUAUUUAUUAACAAUUAACCAUCUGCAUGUUACGUUACGUUAACACCAUUAUUAUAAUACCGUUGAGAGCCUUUUACAACUAAUUCAUCAUGUCACAGUCCCACUUGAUAACGUGUGGAUAACGCGAAAUCAUAUAGUCUCAUUGAACUCACGUUCUUGUUGUGUAUUCUUAUAUUGUUUAUCUAAGUAAAAGUGUUUUUUCGAUAUCCAUCUA